AUGAAUUGGGCAGAUCAGUUUGCAGAUGGACAUGGACGCUCCUUCAUCUACGAAGAAGACGACCACCCCGUAAACCAACAUGCACGCCCUUCCAUGCCGAAAUCCAACGCUCAACCUCGUCGUCCGCCUCCACCACCGCCAAAGAGAUCAACAGACCCCCACGAAAACAUCCACGCCUGGCUCUCAGGCGUCACAAUCGACGAGGAACACAAACCCCUCGCAUCAGACAUCUUCCACGCUCUGGGCCAAAUCCAGAUUCAAACGGCGGGGGGCCAACAAGCACCACCGGUGGAUAAGCAGCAGCAGCAGCAGCAGGCACAGAUACAGACACAGGCCGCCGGUCCGACGGUGACUGUCCACAAGAUGGGUCCGGGCUUCAUCGGUCGCGCGCCCGCGUUUGGGACGUCAGAGUUCUUUGCGAAUAUGGUUGUGGUGGGCAUUCUGUUGCUUUUCGCGCCGGGGUUCACGAUUCUUGCGGCCGGGGUUUUCUUCACGUCGAGGGUUGCGGAGAGGUGGGCUGGGCAGGUAUGA